UACUCGAUAUAUCGCGGCUUGUAGUCCGUGCGAUGUAGAAAAUUACUAUAUCCUGAAACUCGGACAUUUUUUUUUCCUUUGUUUUUUCCCCCUCUUGUCCUGUCCAGCAUUGAAGCGCAAGCAUAAUGAUUACCUUGAUAACCUAAGUUAAGAAGCUUAUUUUAUUUUAUUUUUGAUGCUUGUUUGUACAUUAACUUUUACAUACUCGCGGACAUUUAACUCCAAGCUUCUCACACUCUUUCUCGUCUUUCCCUCUCACAGAGAGACAAAACAAACGCACAUAGUUACAAACGUCAGUCUGUCGCGCAUGCAACGUCAUACGCCCUCGACCAGCAGAAAGAUAGCGGCAGCAGGUGCUAACGGUUACACAUGGAGGAGGAUGAAUUAAUAAAAAAAAGAAACAGCACAGGAUCCAUCGUCUGCCGGUGGUUUGGUUUCAAGAAGGAAGAUGUUGAACAAACAACGGUGAUAUGCAAAAUCUGUCGCUAAAGCAUCGCUUCAAAAUGUAGCAGUACAUCAAAUUUAUAUCACCAUUUGAGAACCCACCCGCUAGAAAAUGAAGAGUGCUUGAAACUCCGCACGACAACAUCUCAGAGCGGUGCAAUAUCAAAGAAAGUGCCUAAGCAACCAGCACUCACGCAACUGAGUCUGGCCUCUUCUAUUUCCAGAUCAACGCCUUACGACAAAAACAGUCAAAAACAGAAGGAGAUAACGUGUGCAGUAACCCACCACAUCGCGAAAGACAUGGCCCCGGUUAAUGUUGUUGAAAAGCCCGGGUUCAGAAAGCUCAUCAACACACUUGACCCAAGAUAUAAUCUGCCGGGUCGCAAAUAUUUAGCAGAGAAAGCGCUGCCUGAGUUGUACAUUAAAGUGAGGGAAGAGCUGGCCAGUCAGCUUGUAAAUGUGACCCACUUCUCAACAACUGCCGACAUAUGGAGCAGCCGAACAUGUGAGCCACCUCAGUUUGACGGUCCACUAUAUAGAUAAUUGAGGAUCACACUGGCGGGAUCAUCGCACAAGGCCUGCAAGAUGCUCUCAUGUCAUGGAAUUUAAAUGAAGCUCGUCAGGUGUGCAUCACCACCGAUAACGGCGCUAACAUCGUCAAAGCUGUGAGCCUGAACCACAGGACACGUCUACAGUGUUUUGGCCAUCGCCUGCAUCUUGCAAUUGAGAGAAGCAUGAAGGACCCCCGUAUUGACCGUGCUGUUGCUGUGUGCAAGAAGGUAGUGAGCAGCUUCUCUUUCAGUUGGAAGAGGAGGAGAGACCUGGCCACAGCGCAGCAAGAGCUAAAUCUCCCGGCACACCAGCUCAUCAGUGAGUCUCCUACCAGGUGGGGAUCCCGAGAGAAGAUGAUUGAGCGGGUACUGGAGCAGGAGCAAGCUAUUUCUCAAGUCUUGGCUGCAGACAAGAAAACCCGGCAUCUCGUUCUCACCUGGCAAGACCUGGAAGUUCUAGAGUCAGUGCACAAGGCUCUCAAACCUCUCCUGGAAAUCACCAACGCUCCAUCCGGUGAGAGCUAUGUCACAGUGUCCUAUGUCAAGCCUGUUCUCCAUCUCUUCCAGUCCAGCCUCUUGGCACGUCAGGAGAAUGACACCCCACUGACCCAGUCUAUCAAAGCCUCCAUCCUGGAUUACCUGAGGGAGAAGUAUUCUGAUCCUUCCACUUUACGACCUGCUGGACAUGGCAGGCUUAGUGGAUCCCAGGUUCAAGAUAACAUACUGCACAGAAAAAAAGGUGGAGGCAAUCAAGAGCAGAGCCAUAACCGAGAUGGAGGCAAUGCUCUAUGAGACUGAUCAGGGCACAGCUGAGUUGGCUGCUUCACUGCCUCAAGAUGCAACAACGGUAUCACAGCCAGAAGAGCCACUAAGGAAGAAAUCCCUGGGCAGCUUCUUUAAAACUGCAGCAACAUCUU